AUGAGCUUAAGACCACUUCUUCGCUCUACUCUGAGGAGCUCAUUGCCUCGCGCUAGCUUGCGAUGCGCUCGCUUUAGCAUCAAGGCAGAGGCUGCCUCUGCUGCAAAGCCAUUGGGUCUUGAUCCUUCGCGACUCUCUGUCACCAAGACCUCCCACCCCAAGAGUCUGAGCAAGCCUGAGACUCUUGUCUUUGGUCGGGAGUUUACUGACCACAUGCUCGCGAUCGAAUGGACUCAAGAAGACGGAUGGUUGGACCCCAAAAUCACCCCCUACCAGAACCUCUCCCUCGACCCUGCGACUUGCGUCUUCCACUAUGCCUUUGAGUGCUUCGAGGGCAUGAAGGCCUACAAGGACAAGAAUGGCAAGGUCCGAUUGUUCCGACCCGACAAGAAUAUGGCCCGAUUGAACAAGUCGGCCGCUCGUAUUGCGCUCCCCACCUUUGAGCCCAAGAGCUUCAUUGAGCUCAUCGCCAAGUUUGCUCAGCUCGACUCUCGCUUCAUUCCUGACAAGCGAGGUUACUCUCUCUACCUCCGACCUACAAUGAUUGGAACCCAAAAAACACUUGGAGUUGGCGCCCCUGGUUCCGCUCUUCUGUAUGUGAUUGCAUCGCCUGUUGGUCCUUACUAUCCUACUGGCUUCAAGGCCGUGUCACUAGAGGCCACUGACUACGCUGUUCGAGCUUGGCCCGGCGGUGUCGGUGACAAGAAGCUUGGUGCUAACUAUGCGCCAUGCAUUUUGCCCCAACUUCAAGCUGCCAGCCGUGGUUUCCAACAAAACCUUUGGCUCUUUGGAGAGGAGGAAUACGUCACCGAGGUCGGCACCAUGAACAUGUUUGUCGCCCUUAAGAACAAGGAGACUGGUCAAAAGGAGCUCGUGACUGCUCCCCUCGAUGGUACCAUCCUUGAGGGUGUCACUCGAGACUCUGUGCUCGCACUUGCGCGUGAACGUCUGGUUCCUGAGGGCUGGAAGGUUAGCGAGCGCAAGUACACAAUGAAGGAGCUCGCCGAGGCUUCCAAGGAGGGUCGAUUGCUCGAGGCGUUUGGCGCUGGCACUGCUGCCAUUGUCAGCCCCGUGCGAUCCAUCUCCUGGAAGGGCGAGCUCGUCAACUGCGGACUUGCCGAGACUGAGGAAUCCGGCGAGAUUGCCCUCAAGAUGAAGGAGUGGAUGGAGGGAAUUCAGUAUGGUGACGAGGAGCACGAAUGGAGCUAUGUUGUAGCGUAGAUAAUGCGUUGAAUUGUUGUUGCGGUUGAAUCCGCGCACCGUAAUGUACAUCUAUUCCUUCUUGGCUGGGUCGGGCAGGAUACCCUCCUGCUCUAAUCUCCUCCGUGCCUCCUCGAGAGCCCAGGUAGAAACGGUCGUGUCGGGUUUGAAGGCGAGGGCGACGCCUGUAGCGACGAGGCUUCCGAGAAAAAUGUACAUGGGCCACUCCCAGCCCUCGGGCUCAGCCUUCUCGCCGGGCUUGACACCCCAGAGCCAUCCGGUGGGAGGUUCGAAUUGGUGCUCGCCACCACCUCCUCGUCGUCGGGCGGUAACGGAGAAGCCCCGGGAGGGCUGUCGGGGGAAUCGAACGGCGCGGGCUGCGCGGAGGGGCGCGACGGCGGCGCGGAUGAUUGCCAUUGUAUCGUCGAGGGUCAAUCGGCGAUGGACGGCGGGGUU